AUGGCAUACACGACAUCAUAUGACGGUUCAAACUAUGGGUUUCAAGUUGGACAGAACCUUGGUCAUAUCACUAAUCAGUUCUUACAACCGGAAACAUUGAAUCAAGUGUGUCUGCGGGAUCUGCGGACGACUGAUCCUCACCAUGACAAAGACCGUAUUCAGAACACCAACGGAGGGCUGCUCAAAGAUUCAUACUGCUGGGUCCUCGACAACGAGGAGUUUCAACGAUGGCGAGACAACCAGAACAACUCUGUCCUCUGGAUCAGAGGUGAUCCUGGCAAAGGCAAGACAAUGCUGCUAUGCGGUAUCAUCGAUGAAUUAACACGAUUGUCUGGGGACACUGCGAAUAUCUUGUUCUUUUUUUGCCAAGCUACGGAUGUGCGAAUCAAUAAUGCCACGGCUGUUCUCCGUGGCUUGAUAUUUUCGCUUGUCGAGAAGCAGCUAUCUCUUCUCUCCCAUGUACAGAGACAGUAUGAUAAAGCGGGAAAGUCAUUGUUUGAGGAUAUAAACGCAUGGAAUGCCCUCUUAGGGAUCUUCACGGAUAUUAUAAAGGACCCGACCCUACGGAGCACCUAUUUAAUUAUCGACGCCUUGGACGAAUGCACAAUAGGCCUACCUUCCCUUCUCGACUUGAUUACUCAGAUAUCAUCUACUUACCCACAGAUAAAGUGGAUUGUCUCGAGCCGUAACUGGCUUGAUAUCGAGGAGCGUCUUGGCACUACCCAGACCGCUCCGAUUUCAUUAGAGCUAAAUGAGGCGUCUGUAUCCGAAGCUGUGAGCAAAUUCAUUCAACACAAGGUUCAAUAUCUGGCCAAAGUCAAAAAAUACAGCGAUGAAACCCGUGAUAUGAUCUGCCGUUACUUAUCAUCGAAUUCGCAAGGCACUUUUCUGUGGGUAGCCUUGGUCUGCCAGGAUCUAGACAGAACAUCGCGGAGGCUCGCUCUUAAGAAGCUGGAGGUAUUUCCUCCUGGACUGAAUGCUCUGUACGCUCGGAUGAUCGAUCAGAUUAGCAAGUCAGAAGAUGUUGAGCUCUGCAAGCGUAUACUGGCUGUCAUGUCUACAGUGUAUCGGCCGAUCUCGUUUGACGAACUGGCCUCUCUUGUUGAACUGCCUGAUGGUCUCUCUAACGACUCUGAAGGCCUAUCGGAGAUUAUUGCAAUCUGUGGCUCAUUUUUGACUGUGCGUGAUGAUACUAUCAUUUUCGUCCAUCAGUCUGCAAAGGAAUUUUUACUCAGAGAGACGCAAAACGGGGUCUUUCCUAGAGGUAUAGAAGCUGAACACCGUGGAAUCUUUUCUCGUUCUUUGCAAGCCAUGUUUAAGACACUUCGACGCGAUAUCUUUCACCUUAAGUUUCCUGGAUUCCCGAUUGAGAAAGUCAUACCACCCAGUCCAAAUCCGUUAGCAACCGCGAAAUAUGCGUGUGUCUAUUGGGUUGACCAUCUUCUUUUUAGCGGAUGCCAUGAAAGAAAAGAACUCAACGUUGAUGAGAGUGGGUGUAUAGGUGAAUUUUUGCAAAAGAAAUACCUUCACUGGCUUGAAGCUCUGAGUAUUCUAGGAGGUCUAUCACAAGGCAUAGUAGCUAUGCUAAAGCUUGAUGCCUUACUUCAGGAGAAAGGGCAACCAGCAGACAUUUUACAUCUAGUUCAAGACGCAUCCCGGUUUAUUCGGUACCAUAGGCUUGCAAUUGAAAGUAGCCCCCUCCAAGUAUAUAGUUCAUCUUUGAUAUUUAGCCCUAUGUUAAGCCUCGUGAGAAUGUGUUAUCAGAGGGAGAAACCGGAUUGGCUUUUGAAGGAGCCGGUGGUGGACCAAGAUUGGAGUUCAUGUCUUCAAACCCUCGAGGGGCAUAGUGAUUCAGUCACCUCGACUGCCUGGUCGCAAGAUGGAAGCCGACUGGCAUCAGCGUCCAAGGAUGAGACCGUUAGGAUCUGGGAUCCGGCCACUGGCCAGUGCGCUUUAGCUCUCGAGGGGCAUAGCGGCUGGGUCACCUCGAUUGCCUGGUCGCAAGAUGGAAGCCGACUCGCAUCAGCGUCCGAGGAUACGAUCGUUAAGAUCUGGGAUCUAGCCACUGGCCAAUGCGCGUUAACCUUCGAGGGGCAUAGUGAUUCAGUCACCUUGAUUGCCUGGUCGCAAGAUGGAAGCCGGCUCGCAUCAGCGUCAAAAGAUAAGACCGUUAGGAUCUGGGAUCCGGCCACUAGCCAGUGCGCUUUAACCCUCGAAGGGCAUAGCGGCUGGGUCACCUCGAUUGCCUGGUCGCAAGAUGGAAGCCGACUCGCAUCAGCGUCACAAGAUAAGACCGUCAGGAUCUGGGAUCCGGCCACCGGCCAGUGUGUAUCAACCCUCGAGGGGCAUCGUGAUUCAGUUACCUUGAUUGCUUGGUCGCAAGAUGGAAGCCGACUCGCAUCAGCGUCUGAGGAUAGCACCGUCAGGAUCUGGGAUCCAGCCACUGGCCAGUGCGGAUUAACCCUUGAGGGGCACAUCGGCUGGAUUCACUCGAUUUCCUGGUCGCAAGAUGGAAGCCGACUCGCAUCAGCGUCGUAUCAUAUCAUUAAGAUCUGGGAUUCGGCCACCGGCCAGUGCGCUUUAGCCCUCGAGGGGCAUAGUACUUCAGUCUUCUCGAUUGCUUGGUCGCAAGAUGGAAGCCGGCUCGCAUCAGCGUCAAAAGAUAAGACCGUCAGGAUCUGGGAUCCGGCCACUGGUCAGUGUGUUUCAACCCUCGAGGGGCAUAGUGAUUCAGUCAACUCGAUUGCCUGGUCGCAAGAUGGAAGCCGACUCGCAUCAGCGUCUAGUGAUAGUAACGUCAGGAUCUGGGAUCCGGCCACCGGCCAGUGCGCGUCAACCCUCGAGGGGCAUAGCGAAUUAGUCACCUCGAUUGCCUGGUCGCAAGAUGGAAGCCGACUCGCAUCAGCGUCUGAGGAUUGCACCGUUAGGAUCUGGGAUCCAGCCACUGGCCAGUGCGGGUUACCCCUUAGGGGGCAUACUAAUUCAGUUACCUCGAUUACUUGGUCGCAAGAUGGAAACCGUCUCGCAUCAGCGGGACAUGAUAGCACCGUCAGGAUCUGGGAUCCGGCUACUAGCCAGUGCGCGUUAACCCUCGGGGGGCAUAAUGGCUGGGUCACCUCGAUUGCCUGGUCGCAAGAUGGAAGCCGACUCGCAUCAGCGCCUGAGGAUAGCAUUAUCAGGAUCUGGGAUAUAGCCACUGGCCAAUGCGCUUUAACCCUUAAGGGACAUAGCGGCUGGGUCUCCUCGAUUGCCUGGUCGCAAGAUGGAAGCCGACUCGCAUCAGCGUCCGAGGAUACGACCGUUAGGAUCUGGGAUCCGGCCACUGGCCAGUGCGCGUUAACCCUCGAGGGGCAAAGCGGCUGGAUUAACUUGAUUGCCUGGUCGCAAGAUGGAAGCCGACUCGCAUCAGCGUCUGAGGAUGGCACUAUCAGGAUCUGGGAUCCGGACACCGGCCAUUGCGAAUCGACACUACAUAUCAGCUCUCCCUACUUCCUUCAAUUUGAUGAAGUCAAUUUCAACCAUCUACACACGUCAUAUGGCACAUUUGAUAUAGGAUUCACUGGUCCCGUCACGUCCAUUCCUCACUGUUCGACCUUGCCAGAACAACACGGGUAUGGUUUGAAUGAUGACCAUUCCUGGAUAACCUAUAAUGGCGUCAACCUCCUUUGGUUGCCUGACGAGUACCGACCAUCUGGAUCCUCUCUUUUUGCUAUGUCUACAACAAAUUUGGCGAUCGCUUGUUCGUCGGGUCUUGUCAAAUUUUACGCGGUCACAGAACAGAGUCCCAUCCCUGGUCUUUGA